UGGGUCGUUUCGUGGUUGGGGGGCGUUUGUGACGGUGGCUUAGGAAGCUUCACUUCUGGGCCGGAGGGGAGCUCUGACUCGCAGCCGGGCCCCGCCUUCGCGCUGACGAGACCUCGUUCCCGAGGUCAGGCCUGACCUGCUCAAGCCCAGCCUCGUGCCUGCGGGACCCGGGGGGCUGGGUGCGGCACAGGGACAGAGCCAAUGGAACGUGCAGCGGGGACGUUGGGAUCUGCUUGGAUCUGCGAAUAUCCCGGUAGUCUCGACUUCGGUAACAAACUAUUGGGAGCGCAAGAGUUGUAAGAAGUUGGAUAUAGAAGUUCUUCCUUGAUCAGCAGCUUCCUAUGACACAUCUGUAAUUCCCUGGUUCUACCUCAUAUCCUAUAAUCAUGGACUUGUUAAUGUGACCUUCCAAGCCCCUAACAAAUCAACUGGCUGGUCGUCUCACUUCUCUGGGAGAUUAGUUCCCCUGGAUAUGCUGCUGUACGUCACUUUGGGCUUGUUCGUGCACUUCGUGUUCUUCGCCUCCAUCUUCGACAUUUAUUUUACCUCUCCUUUGGUUCAUGGAAUGACUCCUCAGUUCACACCCCUGCCUCCCCCAGCGAAACGAUUAGUGCUGUUUGUCGCUGAUGGCCUGCGAGCAGAUAAACUUUAUGAAUUAGAUGAAGAUGGAAAUUCUCGGGCACCAUUUCUUAGGAAUGUCAUAAUGAACGAAGGCAGCUGGGGCAUCUCUCACACACGUGUGCCGACCGAGUCUCGGCCCGGGCACGUGGCCAUCAUUGCAGGGUUUUAUGAAGAUGUCAGUGCAGUUGCCAAAGGCUGGAAGGAAAAUCCUGUGGAAUUUGAUUCUCUUCUUAAUGAAACCAGGUACACGUGGUCCUGGGGGAGCCCAGACAUUGUGACUAUGUUUGCCAAAGAUGACCUUGGAAAUCAUAUUUUUAGACACACUUACGAUGCAUCCAAUGAGGAUUUUGGUGCCCAUGAUGUAACAAAACUGGACACGUGGGUUUUUGAUCAUGUGAAGGAAUUCUUUCAUGCUGCCAGAAACAACCAAUCUUUGUUUUCUAAAGUAAAUGAAGACAAAAUAGUUUUUUUCUUACAUUUAUUAGGAAUAGACACAAAUGGACAUGCUCAUCGACCAUCAUCAAGGGAAUAUUCAGACAAUAUUAAAUUAGUUGAUAAGGAAUUGAAAGAACUUGAGUCUACUAUUAAAGAUUUUUAUGGAAAUGAUGGGAAAACAGCAUUUAUCUUUACCUCUGACCAUGGAAUGACAGACUGGGGCUCCCAUGGAGCUGGUCAUCCUUUAGAGACUUGUACUCCUUUUAUCGCUUGGGGAGCUGGAAUCAGGCUUCCCCAAAAAGUGUCAGCUCAGAAAUUUGAUGACUUAUAUUUGCAAGAAUGGAAGUUGGAGAACUGGAAGAGACGUGAUAUUAAUCAGGCUGAUGUUGCACCAUUGAUGGCAGCUCUUAUUGGAGUUCCCUUCCCUCUUAAUUCAGUGGGAAUCGUUCCUGUGGACAUACUUAACACCUCUGAUCUCUUCAAAGCAGAGAGCAUGUUUACAAAUGCAGUACAGAUUCUUGAACAGUUCAAGGUAAAAAUGACUCAGAAAAAAGAAGCUACUUUACCGUUUUUGUUUACACCAUUUAAGUCGCUAUCUGAUACUAAACAAGCCAACAUUUUAAGAAAAGCAAGAUACUAUAUAAAACAGAAGAAGUACGAUGAAGCAGUCUCCCUGUGUCAGCAGCUGAUUAACCUCGCCCUGAGAGGCCUGUCCUACUAUCACACUUACGACAGGUUCUUCUUGGCUUUCAACGUCGUCCUUGGUUUCGUGGGAUGGACCUCUUACGCGUCUCUGUUGAUCAUCAAGUCUCACUGCAACCUUAUGAGAGGUGUUAGUACAGAGGUCAAGAACCCAAGCCGGCUCCUGCCAUGUACUUUUGUAGCUAUUGGCAUUUUUGUGGCAUUUUUCCUGCUGAUUCAAGCCUGUCCCUGGACUUACUACAUAUAUUGUUUGUUGCCAUUGCCAAUAUGGUAUGCGGUUCUGAGAGAAAUGCCAGUCAUUCAAGGCUUUGUCACCUUACUGUCGACCUUCCCUCCACGACGCUUCCUUGGCUACCUCUUGCUCUUUAUCCUGGGAGUUGAAGUAUUAGUGCUCAGUUUUUUCCACCGCUAUAUGCUCACAGCUGGGCUCGUUGCAUUUGCCGCUUGGCCAUUUAUCACUCCACUGUGGACUCGAGCAAAGAGCAUCUCGCUGAGUUGGAUUUUCUUCUGUUUGCUACUGGCCGUGUUCCCACUUAUGCCUGUUGUAGGACGACAGCCGGAUAUCUUUCUAGUAGUGGGUGCAGGCUUUCUGGUUCUUCUACUAUCCCUGUUUGUUGUAACAUCUGUCAUAAAAAGAAAAGAUAGUUUUAUAAAUGAAGAGCUGGUGUUACAUCUAUUACAGAUGCUGGGCACCGUGCUCUCCAUGUGUGUUGUGUAUGGCACCCAUAACAGUCUGCUCAAGAAACAAGGACUACCUCUUCUUAAUCAGAUUGUUAGCUGGAUGAUACUAGCCUCCUCCUUCGUCAUGCCUCUCCUGAGCCCUCCCUUCCUCUUUGAUCGAUUGUUCAGCAUUCUUCUGUCCUCGAUGUCGACCUACCUACUUCUAAGUACAGGGUAUGAAGCUCUCUUUCCGCUAGUGUUGUCAUGUUUGAUGUUUGUUUGGAUACACAUGGAACAAGAGACCCUGCAGCAAUCCGUUGUUUCCUGUAAACAGAAGGUCUCCACCAUCCAAUUCACCUGCAGUACCGACGUAGCCCAGUGUCGAGACCUCUGCCUGGAUGACAUCCGCAGGGCCUUCUUCCUUGUUUUCUUCUUAGUGACAGCCUUCUUUGGAACUGGAAAUAUAGCUUCUGUUAACAGCUUUGACCCUUCCUCCGUCUACUGCUUUCUGACCGUGUUUAGUCCUUUCAAGAUGGGAGCCCUGAUAAUGUGGAAGAUUUUAAUCCCCUUUGUUCUUGUGAUGUGUGCUUUUGAAGCUGUUCAGUUAACUACUCAGUUAUCUUCUAAAAGUCUUUUCCUCAUGGUUAUCAGCAUAUCAGACAUCAUGGCUUUGCAUUUUUUCUUCUUGAUCAAAGAUUAUGGCAGCUGGCUUGAUAUUGGAACGAGAUCCGCCUGCUCUGGACAUGUCGAGAAAUGGAAUCAUGCGAUGUGUAGCCUUUUACAUCUGGCCUCUUUCCGUCAGUGUGACAUUUCUGGUGUGCCUCUGUGUUGUAGCACGUGGCAGUAUCUGGUUCCCUUUCACCGCUGAGCAGAGUUCCGCCCUGUGGACAGGCCACAUCCCGUGCACACUUUCUGCAGUAUACUCUCUUAGCGUCCUCACGGCAUUCCUUUCAUCCGCCUGCCUCCUGAGCUCUUUGCCUGCUCUCCCCAUGGAACACGGUCUCCCCCGGGAACCAGGAUCAGUCUGGGCUGCCUGGAUUUGGUCCUUGAGGCUCUAACCUGGGCACUUUGCACUCCCUCCCUCCCUCCUCUGACUCCAAACUCCAGUCCCUGGGUUGGGGAGUGAGCCUUGUUACAUAACAUGAAGAGGUUAUGACUGUGAUAUCCAGCUUAUUGGGUUGAGGAUUUUGAUCUUAGGAACCAUUGCAGAUUUUGAAAUGUCCCAUGAGGAACAGAAAUGGGGUAGAGGAGAAGAUUUCUGUGGUAAUUAUGAGCUCAGCCUAAGAGUGCUAUGUCUCAACCUACCAUAAUUUGUAAUCAUCUCAUAAAAAGAAAUAAAUGUAUCAUAAGCUCAUUGUAGAAAAUACUGAAAGCACGUAGAAAAAAUAAUAAGUCAACAGUAAUUCAGUCCCAGAGUCCAACAGAUUGAUAUAUGUCAUUUUAGACUUAAUUUAUAUGCAAAUAUACUCAGGGUUGGGUUGGUUUUUUUUUAAGUUGAGUUUCUAUGAAAGCCAUGUUUCCCGAUGUUAUUAAAUAGUGUUGAAAAUUUGAAUGUGAUUAUGAUGAGAAGGAUACAAGGAGAAACAUGGAAGGGAGAGCGUUCAGAAAGCCAGGUGGUGUCACUCAUGGUUUUCAUUGACGUCACUGUAAGGAAUUGGGGAUUUACUCUAAGUGUGAGGCAAAGCAUUAGACUCUUUGCAGGGACGUAUUUGAUACGCUUUACAUUUUAAAACUACACUCUGGCCACAGGAUGGAGAACCCAUUGAGGGGUCAAGAAAGGGAAGAGGUCGAUUGGUUAAGAGGCUCAGCUAGAGAUGAUGCCCUUGAACUAGGGCAGCGGUUCAGAAUGGCGGGAAGAGGCCAGAUUGAUGGAGUAUUCUGAGAGAGAGGCAAGUGGAACUUGUUAAUGGACCGGAUGUGCCGGGAGGAGAAGAUGAGAAUCAGGAGUGACUCGUCCUGUCCCAGCCCUGUGAGUGUAGACCUGUGUGCCUCCCACCUGGCCUUUGCCAGAGCAGGCGGGGGCAGAACCACCUUCUUCUGUGCUGUCUGGCUGAAGUGGAGCAGCUAAUGUCUGAAAGGUUUCCAUCUUUGGGGGCUGCCCCUUUCCUUGUCUGUCCUGUGAGUGGAGAGAGUAGGCUUUUGUUACCACCUUGGGUUGUUUGAGGUUCUUAGUCUAUGUCCAUUGGCAUUUCUGGUUGGCCAGUUUCUUCCAGCAAGAAGAAAAUCCAGCAAAUUCAACCACCAUGUCAUUCCUUGGGUCCCAAGGUUCCUAACCCAUCUAUUGUCUUUCCACUGUUCAGUCUCCUUAGGUUUAUUUUAUAUACAGCAUCCAGAGGUUUUAGUGGUACUUGGCAGGAGGAAUAGGGGAAAAUACACCUCCUCCAUUUCCCGGAAAAGGAAAGCUUUCUGAUUUUUUGUUUGUUUGUUUGAAAGUUUCUAGUGUUCUAAUACAGUGUUUUCCCAGCACCUCUGUGCUGUGAUGAGCUUGAAUUGCUCCCCUUUGGAAGACAUUUAAAGUAAGAUCAGUCAACCAGUUACUACCUUCUGUGUGAUAAAAUUUCAGCAUAACUGGCAUAAUUUUAGUAACAUAAUAUUGUCUAUUUGGCAUGAGGUUUUUAAGAGUAUUCUGUUAAAAUGAAUAUCUAGAUCAUUUCUUCCCAGAAGGGCUUUAUAGAAUGAGAAAUGUCAUCAUUUUCAUUUUUAAAUAGAUAAUUAUCAGUGAUUUAUGUCCACUGUGGCUACUAAAGUUGGAAAAUAGCUUUGUGAAAUCUGCAUAGUUAAUUGGUAGAUAAGAUCUAUAUCAUAUCCAUUCCAUGUUAAAAAACAUACCAAAACACAUACACACAUAAAUUUAAGUAGGAAAGAAGUCCAGGUCCAAUAUUCUGUUCCAUUAUUUUUACAGUGAAAACAAACAUUUCAAAAAUCUUGGCUUAAUGAUAGUAUUUGUCUAGCAAUUAAAGAUCUAAUUGUAUUGUUUUCUUUUUAGGUCAGAAGCCUACCCUAGUCCAGAACCAGAUUUCAAACUUAACUAGUUCUCAUUCUUAUUUUUUAAUUAGCCAGUUCUUUUUUUCUAUUUCAAAUUUACUUUAUAAGAUUAACCAGUUAAUCUAGAGAAAGAGUCUAAAUAAGAAUGCCCUAACCAGUGCCAUUCCAAAGAAAAUAUUAUCAAACUAUAAAUCUGCAUAAUUGGAGAUUCUUACUUAAAAGCUUAUAAUAGCAAAAAUAAAUAAACUAAAUCUGCUUAGAGUAGAGGCUCUUCUUUUCUGGCCUGAGGGCCCUUACCCAUUAUGGGCGGUUACCUGUCAGCACCCUGAAGCUUUGCCUCGGAUGGUGUAGGGCCAGCAACUUGACAUUUGGGGGGCUGCCCACCUGUUGGACCAGAGUUACUGGGGGACUGGGAGGGUGGACUGCAAGCCUCUUUUUCCCCUUUUCCUUAGUCUCCACGUCCCCCUAGGUGAUUGCCCUAUUUUACAUUCACCCAGCAGUCACUUUCGCAGAUAUUCUAAGACAAGUUCCCUGGGGCCUGCCCUGGGGACCAUCCUUGUGAAGCAGCUUGUUGAAGGUUGUAAGUCUCAGUUCAGUCGCUCAGUCGUGUCCGGCUCUGCGACCCCAUGGACUGCAGCACUCCAGGCCUCCCUGUCCUUCACCAACUCCCGGAGCUCACU